AUGUCGCACCCCAAGGAGAAUGGCAACGAUGUUCCGGCCUCAGUGGAGGUGCCGUUCUCGACUUCCCUUUUCUCGCGCAGCGCCAACAACUUCCCUGCAUAUCAUGUCAAGGUUGUUGCUGAGACACCAUCGCCGGUGCCGAGUGCGCUGGGAAACCGCACCGCUGCUCACCAACACGGCGCUGUCGCUGAUGAGGCUCACAUGCGCAGCGCAUCGACGACCCCGCCGCAGCUCAGCAUGGAUGCGCUGCCGGCCCUGCGCGCCACUGAGACGCGACUGCGGCAAGCGCAAGAGGCAGAACGGAGCGUGUUGUUCCGUUUGCGACUCCUCACGGAGGCCUUAGUUGGCGUCGUGCCCCUGUCUAACGCGUUGGGUGUCGCGGGUGUGGCGGCGACGGCGGCACACGGGAGCGGCGACGCUGAGGACGUCAGUGCGCUGCCCGGCAAGGGUACAUUCAGAGCUUCACUGCCGGCCGUGAUCGCUUGCCCCCUAGCCACUGAGACGGACGAGGCGAUGCGCAUGCCAGCGGAGGCGCGCGUCGUGAUGCAGUGCGUUGCUAUGCCGCCAGCAGGCCUCUCCGCAGCUGCGAGAGAGCAGUACGUUGCUCUGCACCGCGCUCUUGCACGGCACUUUUGUGAGCCGGAGGACGGCGGCGUUGGCGGCACUGGUGAUACCGCCGCCAACGCCGCGCGCACUCCAAGUACGGCGACACCGGAAAACCAUCAGGCCAUUGGGCAGUACGAGGCGACUCCUCCUGUGCUCGGCUCGUGGACCACUGAAGUCGCCGACACCAGCAGCACAAGCACGCCAAGUACCCACGGCGUUGCCGAAGACGGGGCAGGCGCUUCCAGCAACCCAGAUGCAUCGCAUCGUAGCGCAGUCGAGGCGCAGCGGCGCACGCGUUUCUUCAGCGACCUGCGGUACUGCCCGCCGUCCCCACCGCAGCGAUCAGUGAGCCCACGUAUGCAGCACGACUCGACUACUUCUCGUGAUCCGGAAACGUUGACGGCAGCAGUGAACAUGGGCAACCGCAGCGCAUCGCGGGGCAGACGAGCACCCCACUCGCCGCCAUCGUCUCAUGGGCAUGGCUUGACUGAUAGGUUUGUAGACACGAAGAGGGGCGAGGGUGCCGUGGCGCUGACGUUGACGUUGCAAAAGCUUUUACCAGCCUACGUGGAAGACUCAUGCGCGGAGUCCGCAGCGAAGGGAGAGCGGGACGAGGUGAGGGAGGAGGCGGAAGGCGGCCACCGUCGUGAAGAGGCAAAGGAGGCCACGCUAGCGUUAUACACGCCAGCAGUUUCGCCAAGUUUUGCGACGGUGCUGACAUGUGGACCCUCACCAUGUUUGAUGAAGGCGGAGCCUUGCAGCCCUUUAUCUCCAUGCAUCCCUCCGCUUUCAGCUCACCGAACCUCCGCGGUUACCGCAUGGGAGAGCAGCGACCGCCCUGCUCCCGAUGGGCAGCUCUUUCACGAUACUCCCUCACCGCCGACGUUGAGGCUUUCGCCGCGCCAACUCUCUCAGCCGCUUAGCGCCACCCCGACCUCGACCUGUGGUGACGCGGACGAGGAGGGGAUGUACUUUCCUAGACCGCCGCCAGCCAAGACGCAUCGCCGUGUUGAAGUCGAUGCCGAGCUUUCAUCCCGCCUCCCUGCCAUGGGCAACGGUGGUAGCGCUUCUACAGGGGCCGAUGGGGCUUCCAUUUUCUCCACAAUGUCAAGUCCAACUGCCUCAGCGCCGUCACUUCGUCGUCGUCUGGCAUUUGGCGGUGACCAUGACGGGUCGGAUGCCGAGUCAGCAAGAGCACCCCACUCGGAGAAGCGCGGGAGGGUGGCUGCUUCGUCAUCGAUGCACAUGGUGGACAGAGGCUGCAAGGAGGUGCCACAAACGGUGAGCGCCGCGCGCGUUAUGCCACCGUCACCGACGCCGACGCGCGUUGUGACCGCCACCGACAUACUUGCCACAAUCACUGCCCUUCCACCCCCAUCGUCGUCGUCGUCGCUCCUUUCAAAGCGUGCCACAUUGCGGUGCGCACAUCGUGGCUGCAAGGACACCGGUGCGACGCGUAAGGUGAAUGCGUCGCCUGCAGAAGGUCAGUCGACGCACCGUGGCGCGCACAGGCGGAUACGGGGGAAGGAUGACGAGCGGGGACGUAUCGGCGUGAAUGAUGAGGUUCUUGCGGCGGUGCCGUUAGCGGGUUUGCCAUCUCUUGGCGUGGGUGUGUCGUUGAGCGCUGCCGCUGGGUUGGGCCGGUCGAUGUGCGAAGAAGCGGCCAAUGACCGACAUCGAAGAUGGGCGACGGCGCGCCACACCGAGAGUGACGGCCAUCAUCGCACAAUUUUCGAGGAGGAACACGUUCCCUGCGGCUACGUGCGAACCCGUGAGCAACGGAUUGAGGACGUUGUGCAGACAGAGCAGGUGCUCGACGCUGUGCGUGCAGCGUGUGGGCCACUGCCGCCUACAUCUUCACAGACCCCUUCGCGAUGCCUCAGAGUCGACACCGAGUGCGAUGGCGUGCUGGUGUCCCCCUCGCCGCCUCUCUCGCAGAACACACCACGCCAGUUCUGGGACAUCAGCUUCCCUUGA